UCAAAAUCUCAUCGCCAUUUUUCUUGGUAUCAUUUACAUCAAAAAAUCCGAGAGAACCAAAUCGUGAGGGAAGUAAACAUGGAGGCCACCGGUUAUCGUCACCACAGAUUGACGGCGGAGGCAUGGAGGAGGAUUAUAGAGAUUCUUCGUCGCGGCCGACAAUCUGCAGCUCAGCUUCAGAUUGAUCUCCAGUCAGCGGCGGCGGCGACGGGGCUCAACAGGCUAGCUCUUGCCGACGAGGUCGAGAGUUCCUUCGCUGAAGUGAUCUCCCUUGUCGUCUCCUCCGAGUCCGCCAGCUGUCCGGAUCAUUCACUAUGCUCCGAUCUGGAUUCCGGCUACUCACGGCGAAGCCCGGCGGUUAAGGAUCUAGGACGUGGCAACAAAAGAAGGAAACUGGCUAACACGAGGACUGUGACGGCGGCGACGGCGGAAGACGGCCGUGCUUGGAGGAAGUACGGUCAAAAGGCUAUCCAGAACAAGACCUAUCCAAAGAGCUAUUACAGGUGCACUCACAAGUACGACCAAAGCUGUCCGGCCGUAAAGCACGUGCAGAGAAUCGAGGACAGUUCAAAAAUAAUGUACGAGAUCACCUACAUCUCCGACCACACGUGUGUCCCUGCUUCUCCGACCGCCGACACCUCUUCUAAUUCUUACAACCUCAUAUGCUUCUCCGAUUCCCACAACGGUCAAUUUACGGAGGGCACCGACGACGAUGCAACAAAGGUCGGAGAGACGACGAUGAAUGAGAUACAUCUGUGGCCGGAGUUCAAUGAUUUUGAAACUCAAUAUGGUUUGUUUGGAGACAAUGAAGAUCCUUACUUUUUUGUUGACAGUUUCUUAAAAUAAUUUUUGUUUAUUAUUGUAUACAAUAGGAUUGAAAUAACAUCCUAGAGAUGAUGGAUAUUGAUGUAGAUCAUACCUUAAUUUAUGUGUAGUAAUUAUUUUCUUUUAAUAUA